AUGAACAUGCAUAGGCCAAAAGCUAUGAAGAGAAUGCAACCCAAAGAAAAGCUCACGAAUAAUAUUGAGAUCGAGAGAAGUCGUCCGUCACAAAAUGAAGACCUUUUGAGGCAUCGGAAGGGAACCAACCAACUAGAACAGGAUAGGCGAGACAAAGCAUUAAAGCGAAAUGACGGGAGGGUCAUUAAAGAAAUAUCAAGGGAUACGAAAACGGUGAUUAAAUUUGAAUAA